GUCUCUUACUAUUUCUUAUUCUUUCGCAGCUUAUUACCGUGGUGCCAUGGGCAUCUUGCUGGUCUAUGAUGUUACUGAUGAAGCAUCUUUUAAUAAUAUUAGAAAUUGGAUUCGCAACAUUGAACAGCAUGCAUCUGACAAUGUAAACAAGAUACUUGUGGGCAACAAGGCUGAUAUGGAUGAGAGUAAAAGGGUUGUGCCUACAUCGAAAGGUCAAGCUCUUGCUGAUGAGUAUGGCAUCAAGUUCUUUGAAACUAGUGCAAAGACAAACAUGAAUGUGGAAGAGGUUUUCUUUUCAAUAGCAAGAGACAUCAAGCAAAGGCUUGCAGAAACAGACUGUAGAGUUGAGCCUCAAACAAUCAAGAUAAAUCAACCAGAUGCGGCUGCCAGUGGUGAUCAAGCUGCCCAGAAAUCAGCCUGCUGCGGUAAUUAGCUGAUGUAAUUGAUGACGCAGGAAAUUGGCACGUGUAGUUGUUUCUCUGUAAUUCCAGUAUUUUUUGACGGAGUAUUUUAAAAAAUUGUUUGCUUUUAGUUUGUGGAAUUUGUUGUUGCUGGUUUAUGUGCUUCCCCUUCUCAUUGUAAUCUCAGUCGAAAAGAUAUUUUGAUUCACAAGAUUUGGGUAGAAUAUCAUCGGGAAUCUCCACGUCUGGCAAGAUUAAAUGUCCUUUGAUACAUGAGAAUUGGGUUAAAAAAAAUGGAAAUAGAAUUGGAAUCCAAGUUACGAUGUGUUUGGUA